AUGGGCAAAAUACAACCCAAGAAGCGCAACAGCUCCUCGGCUGGAUCGCCAUAUACGAAAAACUUACCGAGCGGGUCCCUCAAGAAGAAUCCCAUCUUCAAGUUCAACACUGAUAUUGGUCAACACAUUUUAAAAAAUCCCGGAAUCGCAGAUGCCAUUGUUGACAAGGCAAAUAUCAAGGAGCAUGAAGUGGUUGCAGAUAUGUUAUCCAUAUCCUGCAAAACUCGAAUUGCGCAAGCUGAUAAUAUAGCACAGGUCGGUCCUGGAACGGGUGUCUUGACGCGGCGUAUACUUGCAAAAGCCAAGUCAUGUACGGCGAUAGAGUUGGAUCCUCGUAUGGCUGCUGAACUUACAAAGAUGGUUCAGGGGACGCCGAUGCAGAGGAAGCUCAAGAUUAUUCUGGGUGAUUUUAUCAAGGUUGAUCUCAAGGAAAUUGGUCAUUUCGACGUGUUCAUAUCCAACACUCCGUAUCAAAUUUCCUCGCCGCUUGUAUUUAAACUUCUUGCUAUGCCGCGACCUCCGCGUGUGUCAAUAUUGAUGGUGCAACGCGAAUUCGCCCAACGUUUGAUCGCCAGACCCGGUGAUGCCAUGUAUAGUCGGUUAAGUGUCAACGCACAAUUUCACGCUAUUUGCAGUCAUAUAUUAAAGGUCGGCAAAAACAACUUCUCGCCACCACCCCAGGUCGAGUCGAGCGUAGUAAGAAUAGAGCCACGGCCUGAUCGACCAGACAUUUCAUGGGAAGAAUUAGAUGGCAUGCUACGCAUCUGCUUCAAUCGAAAGAACAAGACACUCCGGUCGAGUUUCUUUGUUAAGCAAGUGCGAGAACUCAUUGAGCGCAAUUGGGUGACCUGGGCAUCCAUGUUUCCCGAUCAGGUGAAAAAGGAGGACACGGAUUUCCUACAGGGUAUUGGUGACAUUGCAUUACCCGAUGUUGUAAUGGAAAUCGACGGCGAGGACGAUAACAAUAACAAAGAUACCCAGCUCGAUGACGAAGAUGACAUGAUGCAAGACAUGCAAGAUAUGAUAUUCGGGACAUCUACAACGGCCGAAAAACAAAAGAAAGACGCACCAAAGCUCUCCGGAAAGACGAUAUCUGUUAAUGGCAUCAGCGUCGAUAGGGGACGAUUAGUUCAACUAAUUCAACUCAAGAUCCAGCGCGCAUUGGAUAAGUUUGGAUUAUCGGAUAAACGGAGUCAAAAAUGUGAUGAGACGUCAUUUUUGCAGCUGUUGCAUGCUUUUAAUCAGGAGGGGAUACGGUUUUCUUAGUGGCUUUUUUUUUCUUUCGUCUUUUUUCCGUUCAUGGUCGCAUGGAGUUUUGAUACCAAAAGUACAUACAGUUUCAACCGACAAUUUCCCAGUUUCUAGAUCAGAAUCUAGAAUGCAUUUG